AUUGAAACGGAAAAAUAAAUAUUUUCUUCUAUUUUCACAAAAUCUUGUUUUAGAUUUUUUUUGUUUGUUUCAAAUAUUGUGUUCUUAUAAAUACGACUUCUCAAACUAAUUUUCACAUUACAUUUCUACCUAAAACUAAUAACUUUGUCUUAUUCUCAUAUUAAAUAAUUAUGGAUGUAUUAAACAUAGGCAUAUUAAUAAACUUGAAAGUUUCUUAAUAUAUAUGAGAUGUGGCAACACGCCAUUUUUGUGAAUUGGAGGAAGUAUAUGACUAACAAAUAUAUUUAAAAAGUCAAACAUAUCAACCACUAAAAGUCAAACAUUUGUAAAUGGAAAUACAAAGUCAACAGCAAUUAAUCUUGGGAUAGCAUCAUCAAUGAUGUAUAAUAUGUAUCCAGAGACAUGUUCGGGUGUUUGAGGGCAAGACAAGAUCAAGUGAAGACAGCUUUCCUCUCCUAAUUGAAUGACAUGUUUAUAUGUUACGAAAAAGAAUGACAGAUUUAUUGAGACAAAUUCAAAUCCAUGUAACAAGUAACAAUGACUCGAGCUCUCGAAGAAACAAAAUAAAACAUACAACGACUCUUCGUUGAUAACAAAAUAUGUAAGGUAGUUAUUGUGGACAACAAAACUUCUAAUGUCUUCCAUCUACCUCUAACGUGGGUUAUUUACUCUAAAUUCUAGGUUUUCUUCGUUCAUCUUCUUACUACUGUUGGUGCAAGCUUAGUUAAAAUGGUAUAUCAUGAAGAGGAGGGGACCAUAGGAAAGAUAAAUAUAUGUUUGAAGUGACAAAAGCUACAUGAACGAUCUUGAAUCCAGAAUUUAAUGAGAGGAUGAAUCAUCUUAAAAAAUAAUGAUAAUUGUUACGGAGAUAUGCAAUGAUAUUUUUGUAUACUUAUACAUAUAUAUAUAAUCUUAGAAUCUCAAGUUGAGAAACUUUCAUUGGAGGUGAGGUGCUCUGAUGGUGAUAAAUGUUAAGGAUAUCGAUUACAUUUCACCAAGUAUAAACACACAUAGGUACCUUAAGAAAAUUAAGAAUAUAGUUAAAAAUUAUAUAUGUUACGGAUAUCGAUUACAUUUCACCACGUAUAAAAGUAAAAACACAUAGGUAAUUUAGAAAAUAAAGUAUAUACAGUAUCUUAAAAAAUACUAAAAGGAAAUAUGUAUAUAUUAAAAAGAUAAAUUAAACAUUAGUAACUAAGAUGAUCACAAUAAAUUAUAAAUCUUGGCUAUAUAUGAGAUAUAAUAUGUUUUGUAAAACAUAUUAUGUAUAUCUAGAUGACUAGCUCAUGUGUAUAUCAAACAGUUUUAUUUAUAUACAUUGUUUGGCAAAAAAUCGUUGAUGAGUUCGUUCCCCAUAGGAGAAAUCUCAAGAAAAUGAGAAACGAACACAAGCCUCGGAAUGAUGAUGUAUUUUGGUAUGAGAUUGUCGGAAACCCAACAGAGAAAAGAUUCACGAUGAGGGUAGCCCAUGUGUACGCUAUUUAACGGUAAAACAAAGAUGGGAGAGGUUUCACUAAAAUGAGAGAGAAAUAGAGCGUUUAGAGAAUCUCCAAUGUAAAACAUCAUUUUUUCUUUCAAAAUGGAGUAAAAGUGAAAAUGGAGUAAAAUUGUUCCAACCCUACUCCAUUUCCCACUCCAUUAUGAAGUGAUGAACAAACAAAAAAUAAACUACUCCAUUUAUGGAGUAAAUUUCAUUAUGGAGUGAGAUAUGGAGUUGGGUUGGAGCAUUCCUUACUCCAUAUCCACUUUUACUCCAUUUUAGAGGAAAAAUGGAGUUGGGAUGGAAAUGCCCUUAUUAAGACUAUUUCCGAUUCAACCCUAUUUUAUGUAUUAUUUGUUUUCUUUAAAAUAAAGUAAACAAAUAAUACAUAAAAUAGGGUUAAUCAUACUCUUAUAAAUUUACUCUAUUUUAAACAGGCGCCCGAGACCGAAGACCGUUGCCUGGCCAUGACUCACCUUCGGGUGUGUGUCCGCGCCGCUAAAAGGUUCGGUCUCUAGUCUGGACCACCGCGGUGGGACGAGGAAAAAAUAUAAGAGUUAUUGAAAACUGAUCAGCACACAUAGAGUGUUGUUUGCAGCUGUAAUCUACAUUAACAAUAUCAGUUUAAGUGGUCCCUAUUAUAUAUUAUUAUGAGUGAUUAAUUCAAUAAAAUAUAAUUAAAACCAGAUCAUCAUAUUUUUAAAUAUAAAAUGAUAUUUCCAACAGCGGCUAUUCAUAAUUUUCCUCAAUUUAAUAACUAGUUGACUUUUUAUUUUAAUUGAAAAAAUAACUGCAUACAUAUUUGAACCUUUCUAGCUUAGACGUGGACACGUUUAGGUCUACUUCUGUACUAUAUAUAGAACCAAAAAAGUUAUGCUUCAGACGUCGGCAAAUAAUCUUAUCUACCAACUCAAAACUCGUCUUGUGCUUCAUUUAACAGAGUGAUGGAAACCUCAAACAUAACCAGUCACACAAAUCUUCUAUCGAAGAUAGACCUAGAAAAGCAAAACCCUACUCACAUUGUCCCAACAAUCUCUGAGCUUAAGACAGAAGCAAAGUCUCUCUUCUCCUUAGCCUUCCCCACGAUCCUCGCCGCGCUCAUCCUCUAUGCUCGCUCAGCCAUCUCAAUGCUCUUCCUCGGUCAUAUCGGCGAAUUAGAGCUCGCUGGUGGCUCCUUGGCCAUUGCCUUUGCCAACAUUACUGGAUACUCAGUUCUUGCAGGCCUUGCACUCGGCAUGGACCCACUUUGCUCCCAAGCCUUUGGAGCCGGCAAGCCAACACUCCUCUCAUUAACUCUUCAAAGAACCGUGCUCUUCUUGCUCACCAGCUCGCUUGUAAUCGUUGCUCUAUGGCUCAACCUGGGGAACAUCAUGAUCUCUCUCCAUCAAGAUCCAAGUAUUGCAUCGUUGGCUCAAACAUAUAUCCUCUUCUCUAUUCCGGACUUGCUCACCAACUCUAUUCUUAACCCUCUUCGUAUAUACCUUCGAGCACAAGGCAUCACAAGUCCACUAACUAUCGCUACACUAGCCGGCACCAUCUUCCACAUACCGAUGAACUUUCUCCUAGUUUCUUACCUCGGAUUGGGUUUCAUCGGUGUUUCAAUGGCUGCAGCCGCUUCAAAUCUUUUUGUUGUCGUCUUCCUUGUGGCCUACGUUUGGGUCAAAGGUCUACACGAGCCAACGUGGACCCGCCCUAGCUCAGAAUGUUUCAAAGACUGGGGCCCACUGGUUAAUUUGGCAAUACCGAGCUGCGUGGGAGUAUGUCUAGAGUGGUGGUGGUACGAGAUCAUGACCGUUCUUUGCGGUUUACUCAUAAACCCUCAAACUCCAGUUGCAGCUAUGGGCAUUCUUAUUCAAACGACGUCGUUGCUUUACAUUUUCCCAUCGUCUCUAGGGUUUGCAGUUUCCACCCGCGUAGGUAACGAACUUGGAUCAAACCGACCAAACACGGCUAGGUUAUCAGCCAUUGUGGCCGUUACCUUUGCUGGAGUAAUGGGCAUGACGGCCUCUGCGUUUGCUUGGGGUGUAAGCGACGUCUGGGGACGUAUUUUCACUAACGAUUUUGAUAUCAUCCGGCUAACCGCGGCUGCGCUGCCGAUUCUCGGGCUCUGCGAGCUCGGGAACUGCCCGCAAACAGUAGGUUGCGGGGUUGUUAGAGGCACUGCUCGGCCGUCUAAAGCUGCCAACAUAAACCUAGGUGCGUUUUACCUUGUCGGAACGCCUGUAGCUGUUGGGCUAACGUUUUGGGCCGGGUAUGGAUUUUGCGGACUUUGGAUAGGUCUUUUCGCGGCCCAGAUAUGUUGUGCUGCUAUGAUGCUUUUUGUCGUGGCCACUACAGAUUGGGAGGGAGAAGCGAUGAGAGCUAGAAAGCUGACGUGCAGUGAAAGCGUCGAUGUGGUGAUUACAACGCAAAGUAACGGUGAUUUAACGGAACCACUAGUUUACGUUGUCACUGUUGCUGCUGACCACUAAUCGAAUGGAUUACGUUUUUUUAUUCUUUCUUUAUUUUCUUACUUGGAAUGAUCGUUCCUUUUGGGGUGGGUAUUUUGAUAAUUUGUAAUUUUUUGGUGAGAAAGAAAACGAAAAAUUAUAAUAACUAUUUUUCGCCCCAAAUAUAUGUAGUUUUGUAAUGUGUGUCAUUUUGAAAGAAAAAAAGCAUGUGUAACCGGUUAAUGAUCUAAAAUUCAAAUAAGAAUUAAAAACUAGUUGUACAACUCUUAUAUCUCACACUAUAUAAUUAUUUACAGUAGAAUAUAUUUCCAACUUUUAAUUUUGAGAUGUUAAAGUUUUUUUUGAUUAAAAUUUAAAAAGUUUUUCAUGUCAUGGAUUUGCAACCAAUCAUGUGAAGCCCGUGGAAAAUAUCACUAAAUUCAGUUUUAAAAUUGCUAUCUAAUCGAA